AUGAGCGCGCGCCAGACGUUGCGCUGCCUCGCCUCGACUACUGGCAUUCCUAAGACGACGCUGAUGCGCCACUUGGCUGCAGGUUUCUUUCGUCGUGCUACGACUUGUGUUAUGCCGAAGCUGACAGACGUGCACAAGGCACGCCGCUUGGCUUUCGCUCUUGCUCAUGUGGAGAGGAAGAGACUAGAGAAUGCAUCACAUGUUAUGACAAGAUAUUACCUCACCAAGGAUGAGCUUGCACCUUAUCAAGCAUGCCCCAACCGCCGCUACAUUGGCAAAAACAUGUUUCUUGCGGCCGUAGCGCGGCCGCGGUACGACGCUAAACGCAAGACCUAUUUCGACGGAAAAAUCGGAAUUUGGCCAAUUGUAGAGUACGUGCGUGCUCAACGAAGCUCGGCAAAUAGAGCAAAAUGCACUAUUGAGGUGAAAAACGCCAACACGACGCGAAAAAAGGUGUAUGUGAAGAUGCUCAAGGAAAAAGUAUUUCCAGCGAUUCGGCAACUUUGGCCAGGGAGAAAAUCGCUGUGCAUUAAGGUGCAGCAAGACAACGCUGGACCACAUGUUGCUGAAGACAAUGCGGAUAUUCUUGAGGCCGGGAUCGAGCACGGCUGGACGAUAGAGAUGACGUGUCAGCCACCUCGUUCGCCGGACUUGAACGUCCUCGAUCUUGGUCUGUUCAAUGCUAUUCAGAGUGUUCAGUAUCGCUACCCUACGCAUAACCACCAGGGGUUGAUCGCUGUAGUGGAAGACGCUUUUUGA